GCUUCCUUCUGCUCUGGGUAAAGUGAGCAUUUAAAAGCCCCAAACCCUGUAUAGAAAGCAACGUAUUCCAUUUCCUUAUUCAAUUUCUCUCUCUAGAUUCUCUCUCUAGACGACAUACUCUCUCUACACCUGCAAGCGUUCGGAAAGUACUACUGCCAUGGCAACGAGGAUUGCUGCCAGAUAUGUCUCGCGUAGGCUCUCAAGUGGUGGCAAAAUACUGAGUGAGGAGGAAAAGGCUGCUGAAAAUGUCUACAUUAAGAAAAUUGAACAAGAGAAGUUGGAGAAGCUUGCCAGGAAGGGCCCUAAACCAGAAGAAAAACCAGCAGCAAGCUCAGGGGGGACUACAUCUGAUGUUAAACCAAGUGCUCCCACCUCCUCCUCAACAUCUGGAACUUCAACUGACAAGUACCGAAACUAUGCAGUUGUUGGUGGUGUGUUGACUGGUUUUGCUGCUUUGGGAUGGUACCUGCAAUCACGCGGGAAGAAGGCUGAAGAAGUCCAGGAUUGAGAUUUCUAAUAUGCUAAUGAACGAUCAGGUGAACAGGUCGUCAAUAGUUGCACUUACAUAACUGGGUUUCCAGAUGCUACUCGGAUAAAAAUAAAUCAGACCCUUUUUUUAUGAAAUUCUAUUGUUGUUGCAUCAUAUUUUUUUUGUCCAUAUUAGAUGGAGAUACGAGAAUUUUAUCCACCGACUGAGUCACAGAUUUGAGCUGUGUUUUCCUCACUGUUAUAUAUACUUGUUUCUACUGUUC